AUGGCAGAGCAGCGAGAAGACAUCGACGACUUGGAUUCUCGCGUGACGAACACGGAAAACGACGUCACAAGAAUCGACGAGACCGUGGCCCAGCAGGGUGACGAGAUUCAGAACGUGAAGAACGAGGUCAACGAUCAGGGUGAUAGACUUGAUGAGCUGAAGGAGGUCGUGGACGAGACGGUGGAGAAAGUGGAUGAGAUUGACCACAAGACGAUCACCAACGCACCAAAAUGGUCACGUGACGUCUCAAAGCUGCUAAACCCCGAGCAUGAGCAUGACUGGAGAUUCUUGGCCGUUCGUCUCGGCUACUCGGGUGAAGACAUUCGCAACUGGGCCCUGUCACCUGAUCCUACCAUGGCUAUCCUGGCUGAAUGGUACACGACUCACAAGAGCAGUGACGCCACCUACGCCAUACUCAGUGCGCUGGAAGACAUGGGAAGAACUGAUGCGGCAGAAAUCAUCACGCAGUCUCUAGAAGAAGCAGAACUGCUAGUGCCUCAGGCCCCUCCGGAUGAGUCAGAGAAGCCUCCAACGGUAUUCCUGAGCUACCAGUGGGACCACCAGCCCGAAGUGAAGGCCAUCAAGAAGCACCUAGAGAUGGCUGGGUUUCCUUGCUGGAUGGACAUUGGUCAGAUGGGUGGAGGAGAUCAGUUGUUUGCUAAGAUCUGCCAGGGUAUGAGGUCAUCCAAACUGGUACUCUGCAUGGUGACGGAGAAAUACUCAAACUCGGAGAAUUGCAACAAGGAGGUGAACCUUGCCAACCUGCUGAACAAACCAAUCAUCCCUAUCCUCAUAGACCAUACCCAGUGGCCUCCUCAAGGAGCUAUGAGUAUGCUGUUUGCACAGCUUCUCUACAUCCAGUUCUACAACGACAAGGAAUACGUGAGAGGAGAGAAAUUCUGGGAGGACGCCAAGUUUUCGGAACUUUUGGGACAGAUUUCUUAUCAUGCGAAUCCUGAUGAAAGCAUGAUAUCCGAUGAAUAUCGUGAUUGGAUUCCUCAGGUGGAAGAUAAACCCGUCACUGUUAAGAAAUUAUCCGAGGAAGCAAAAAGCUCACCUGCGCAGCAGAACCAAACUAUGGAGUCAACCGAAGCUCCAUCUAUAUUCAUCUCUUACCAAUGGGACAAGCAAACUGAAAUUAAGAGACUGUUCUCGCGUCUCACUGGUUUGGGAUACCACUGCUGGCUGGAUAUCAAUCAAAUGGGAGGUGGGGAUCCACUCUACUCCAAGAUUGAUAAAGGAGUGAGAAACGCAAAGGUUGUCGUUUCUUGCGUCACUCCUAAGUACUCCCUCUCCGCCAACUGCAGGAGAGAGGUCAGUCUCUCUGACGCACUCCGUAAACCCAUCAUUCCCCUGUUGUUAGAAGAGAUGACAUGGCCACCGGAAGGACCAAUGAGCAUGACCUUCACCCAGCUUCUCUACAUCGACUUCACCAAAGAGACCACUCAGGCCAGCUUUGAAGAUGAAAAGUUUGAGGAACUCAUCGAGAAGAUCAAGGAACAUGCGGAACCGACGCUUCAGGUCGUGCCUGCAGGCGAACAGGAUCAAACGAAGGUGACAAGUCAAGAACAAUCGCCAACACCUACGCCAAAAGAUGAAGGAACCGCGGAGACAAGCGUGACAAAAGACAUACCACCUUCUGCUGAUGCCAGUGACAGUGACACCAAGCCGGUCGAGGAAGUUCCUGUAGCCGUAGAGAGAAGUGCCACUCCACAUGAACAAGCUCCUCCACAGCAGCAAAACAGUCCGGCUGAAGCACCACCUGCAGAACAACCACCACCAAAGCAGAGUGAUAAAUCACCAGUAAAAAAGCCUUCUUCGCCCUUUCCAUCUGAAAAGAAGAACAAGAAAUCAUCUACCUGUUUGCUUCUUUAAUGAUGCAUUGGGUUAGCUCAUCAAAAUUUCUAUGUGCCAGUUUAAAAUUAAUGUGGUCUUUCAAUACUGGUAUUUAAUUAAAGCUGAUUUUAUUUAUUCUUCCGCCUUUCUCUGAAACAAACUACCCGUUAUGAUAUAUUUUCCUACUAACAAUAUACACAAUUAUUUAACUUCAUUUAUGCCAAGUGAAUGCACCCAUGGCACUGUUUAACAAAUGCAUACUAAGUAUACUAAUAAAAUGAUGAAUGUUUAUUUUAAUAUUUGAUAUCUUAAAUUUAGACAUAAGACUUAUACAUGAACAUAUGUACUUUUUGAAAGCUAGAUUUUGAUGUUAGAUGUUAUACAAAAGUACUUUAUCAUGCAGGAGCUCUGAAGUUCAAGCUCAUCACACUCCAGGGUUGGGUUUAGUGGUGUUAAUGACUUGAAGUUGUACUGUACCGCUAAAAAGACAGGAUGAGUAGGAAA